AUUGACAAAUCGAUCUAAUCGUCAGUAAUCAACCAAUAGAAAACCACAGGGGAGAGAGAGAGAGAGGAAGGAGGGAGAGAUCGAAACCUCACUUCGUCUCUACAAUUCGUCGAGACAGCGAUACUCCGUGUCAAUGAUCUCACAUACGAAACCCUGACCGUGUUUUCUCUCUCCAACUCUUCGCAUUUUUUUUUGGCUUUCCAUCUAUAGAAUCAACAGUUUCCCUCUGAAAUUCACUAUCGGAUUGCCUAUUUUCGAAUUUGUUCUUGCUUGUUUUCGGCUCAGGAGCUGUGUGGUUCGUGGCUGUACAAUUGCUGUGUUGACUACUGGUUUAGAUUCACUGAGCUAGUGCUGUUUUGGCGGAUGGUUUGAGAAUUUGUGAAAAGGUGGUGUAGGUGAUUUAUGGGUGGUGAGAUGGAUAAAUCCACCAAAGAGGCCAAGGAGUCAAAGGAGCCAAAGACUCCUUCACCUCAGGAGCAGGCUUCAUCUACAAGUGCUGGUGUGGUCAAUCCAGACUGGUCUGGGUUCCAGGCAUAUUCUCCUAUGCCUCCACAUGGGUUCUUGGCAUCAAGUCCUCAAGCUCACCCAUAUAUGUGGGGAGUUCAGCAAUUUAUGCCACCCUAUGGUACUCCACCUCACCCAUAUGUGGCCAUGUAUCCCCACGGUGGCAUAUAUGCUCAUCCAUCUAUCCCUCCGGGAUCUUAUCCUUUCAGUCCCUUUGCGAUGCCUUCUCCAAAUGGCAUUGUUGAGGCUUCUGGUAAUACUCCAGUCAGCAUGGAAAUGGAUGGUAAGUCUUUGGAGGGGAAGGAAAAGCUGCCCAUCAAAAGGUCUAAGGGAAGUUUGGGCAGUCUGAAUAUGAUUACUGGCAAGAGUGGCGAUGCUGGUAAAAAGUCAGGAGCAUCUGGUAAUGGAGUCUAUUCCCAAAGUGCGGAAAGUGGAAGUGAAGGUUCAAGUGAAGGAAGUGAUGCGAAUUCUCAAAGUGACUCGCAAAUGAAGUCAGGAUCUAGGCAAGAUUCUUUUGAAGCCGAAGCAUCUCAGAAUGGAAAUGCUGUGCAUGGUUCACAGAAUGGUGGACCAAAUACACCUCAUUCAAUGGUGAAUCAAGGGAUGUCCUUCAUGCCAAUAUCCGCAGCUGGUGUUCAAGCAGGUGUUCCUGGUCCCACUACUAACUUAAAUAUUGGUAUGGACUACUGGGGGGCUGCAACUUCAUCUACUAUCCCUGCAAUGCGUGGGAAGGUACUUUCUGCUCCAGUAGCAGGAGGAAUGGUCCCUGCUGGAUCUCGGGAGAGUGUGCAGUCGCAGCUUUGGAUACAGGAUGAAAGGGAGCUUAAAAGACAGAGGAGAAAGCAGUCUAACAGGGAAUCUGCUCGCCGAUCCAGGUUGCGCAAGCAGGUAAGGAAAUGCCCCUUUUUAAAAUUUCUGUCCAACUACCUUUCGCUGGGUGACUCCUUGAUGUAUAUGUGUUUAUGUGUGAGUGGGACUCAGGCAGAAUGUGAUGAGCUGGCACAGCGUGCUGAGGCGUUAAAAGAAGAAAAAGCCGCUCUUAGAGCAGAAGUAGGUCGCAUCAAGAGUGAGUAUGAACAGCUUCUUGCUCAGAAUGCGUCUCUAAAGGAGAGACUCGGUGAAGUUCAUGGGCAAGAUGAUGCAAAGUCUAGUAGGGAUCACAAAAAUAUGAGCAAGGAUACUCAACAGACUGCAAAAGCAUAGCUCACACGGAGUGGUCAAUGAAGUUAUAGCCUCCUUGCUGCAGAAUGAUUUCUAGUUGGCUUAACCUAACCAAUUUGUAACAAGAAUGUUUAGUCGGUUUAGAUAGUACGUAGUUUAAAAUUAAUUGAUUUUGACCCUCCUGGACUCGGGAUCUGUUUGUAAAAUAUUAUCCAUCGUUCUCAGCUUGGCCACUCUUUUAAGGUCGAAGAACCUGGAUGGUAAUGCAGAGUGGGCAAUCCUAUUGCACCCUUUUACCAAAGGGUAGACUCUUCAUCAUUGUUUGAUGAACAUGCUAUUUUAGAAAGGUAUUGAUACAUACAUUGUGUACUUUAUAAGAGUUUACUUGUUUGUAACACAGGAUGUUUAUAAGUUUUACCUUCUCUGUUUUGGUGAAAUUAAUGUGAUGAUAA